AUGACUGAAGAAAAAGCAGAAAAAGUAGAAGGAAAAGCAGUUGGUAUUGAUUUGGGAACUACAUAUUCUUGUGUUGGUGUAUGGCAAAACGACAGAGUUGAAAUUAUUGCAAAUGACCAGGGUAACCGCACAACACCUUCAUAUGUAGCAUUUACCGAUACCGAACGUUUAAUUGGUGACGCUGCAAAAAAUCAAGUUGCUAUGAAUCCAUUUAAUACUGUUUUUGAUGCUAAACGUCUUAUUGGUCGCCGCUUUAACGAACCAGAAGUUCAAUCUGAUAUGAAGCAUUGGCCAUUCAAAGUUGUUGAUAAAGCUACCAAACCAUAUAUUCAGAUUGAAUAUAAAGGUGAAACUAAACAAUUUACUCCAGAAGAAAUUUCAUCGAUGGUAUUAACAAAAAUGAGGGAAACCGCCGAAGCUUUUCUUGGUACAAAAGUAAAAAAUGCAGUCGUUACAGUACCCGCCUAUUUCAACGAUUCUCAACGUCAAGCAACAAAGGAUGCCGGUAUGAUUGCUGGAUUGAAUGUGCUUCGUAUCAUCAACGAGCCAACAGCUGCUGCAAUUGCAUAUGGAUUGGACAAGAAAACAGUCGGAGAACGUAACGUGUUGAUUUUUGACUUGGGUGGUGGUACUUUCGACGUUUCAUUGUUGACAAUCGAAGAUGGCAUUUUCGAAGUAAAGGCCACUGCUGGUGACACCCAUCUUGGUGGUGAAGAUUUUGAUAAUCGGCUUGUAAAUCAUUUUGUACAGGAAUUCAAACGUAAAUUCAAAAAAGAUCUUGCCACAAAUGCCAGAGCUCUUCGUCGUCUCAGAACAGCUUGUGAACGUGCCAAACGUACACUUUCAGCAUCAGCACAAACAUCCAUUGAAAUCGAUUCGCUGUUUGAAGGUAUAGACUUUUACACAUCAAUAACUCGUGCCAGAUUUGAAGAAUUGAAUCAAGAUUUGUUCCGCUCCACCAUGGAACCGGUUGAGAAGGUGCUCCGUGAUUCAAAGAUAGAUAAAGCCCAAGUACAUGAAAUUGUGUUGGUUGGUGGAUCUACCCGUAUUCCAAAAAUCCAAAAAAUGGUAUCAGACUUUUUCAAUGGCAAAGAACCAAACAAAUCAAUAAAUCCCGACGAAGCUGUUGCAUAUGGUGCAGCCGUACAAGCUGCCAUUUUAACUGGUGACACAUCAGAAAAAACUCAAGAUCUUCUUUUACUUGAUAUCGCACCACUCUCACUUGGUAUCGAGACAGCUGGUGGCGUGAUGACCCCACUUAUCAAACGUAAUACCACAAUUCCAACCAAAAAAUCGGAAAUCUUUUCCACCUAUUCUGACAAUCAACCCGGUGUACUUAUCCAAGUAUAUGAAGGUGAACGUACACGUACCAAAGACAAUAACUUACUGGGUAAAUUCGAAUUAACUGGUAUCCCACCAGCUCCACGUGGUGUGCCUCAAAUUGAAGUCACUUUUGAUAUUGAUGCUAAUGGUAUUCUUAACGUAUCAGCUGUUGAUAAGACUACUGGUAGAUCAAAUAAAAUCACAAUCACUAAUGAUAAAGGAAGAUUAUCAAAAGAAGAAAUUGAACGAAUGGAAGAUGAAAAGAUAGCGGAAAGAAUAACAGCACGUAAUGGUUUGGAAAGUUACGCAUACAAUUUACGUAACACACUUCAGGAUGAAAAAAUUUCAGGCAAGCUUGAACCAGCUGAUAAAACGAAACUCGAAGGAGCCAUUAACGAAACAACCUCAUGGCUUGAUAACAAUCAAGAAGCAGAAAAAGAAGAAUACGAACAUAAACAAAAAUCACUCGAAGAGAUUGCUAAUCCAAUAAUGAUGAAACUUUAUGGUGCAGGUGGUGGUGCUCCAGGUGCUGCUGGAUUCCCACCUGGUGCUGCUCCCGGUGGUUUCCCAGGUGCUAGCUCCGGUGGUGAUGAUUCAGGGCCUACUAUCGAAGAAUUCUAA